AUGGGGAAACUUGCCAAAGCAUUCUUGGUGAAAUUUUUGGGGCAAGAAAAGACUGCGAAGCUGAGGAACGAGUUAGCAACCUUUGAGCAACAUGACGACGAAUCAUUGUAUGAAGCAUGGAGAAGGUUUCUACGUUUGCAAAGACAAUGUCCUCAUCACGGGAUUCCUGAAUGGAUGUUGAUACAGACUUUCUACAAUGGUUUGACACAUGAGUUUCGUAUCUACAUUGAUGCUGCUUCAGGCGGUUCCCUUAUGACUAAGAACCCCGCGGAAGCAAAGGAGUUGAUUGAGAAGAUGGCGGCCAAUGACAACUACCAUCCAAAUGGUCGUAAUCGUGCUAAGAAGGGAGGUAAAUAUGAUGUUGAUGCGCUAACCACUUUGACUAAUACUGUGCAGGCACUUUCUCACAAGUUUGAUCGACUCCAAGCUGGUUCAUCUAUGAUGGUCUCAUGUCAGAUGUGUGGAGUACAAGGACAUGCUGCUACUGAAUGUCAAAUCAACAAUGAUAGGAUGACAAUUGAGCAAGCCAAUGCUCUUUAUAACUCCAAUCCAAAGCAGCCAUAUGAUCCUUAUUCUAACACGUACAAUGAAGGAUGGAAGCAUAAUCCUGCGUUCUCAUACAAGAACACUCAAGCACAACUCAAUCCACCUCCUCCACCUCGCAACAACUUUAAUGCACCACCAGGUUUUCAAGCUAGAGCACCAUUCAAUCCUCAUGUCAAUCAAGGUGUUAAUCAGCAACCUCCUCCAAUUCAACAGAAAAGCAACUUGGAGAUUAUGAUGGAGAACCUUUUAGCCCAACAAACCAACUUCAUGGCUCAACAGGGUAAGCAAAAUGAGAAGACUGAUAACGCAAUUCAACAAAUUCAAGCUCAGAACAAGCUCUUGGAAAGUCAAAUAAGCCAACUUGCACAUCAGGUGGGCCAAUUAUCAAAAGCUCCUGGUCAUUUUCCAGGUAAUAGUGAACAACCACCUAAGGCUCAAAUCAAUGCUGUGAUUUUGAGGAACGGAAAAGAGCCACAAGAUCAUCCUUUGAAGGAGGCAUCAAAAAGAACUGUGGAAGAGACAGUUCAAACUAAGAAAGUGGUAGAGAAUGAGAUUGUCGAAGAAGACAAGAAGGAACCUACUCCUACCCCUAUUCGGCCUUACACGCCACCAGUUCCAUUCCCACAAAGGUUGGCCCGUGCAAAAUUAGAGAAGAAAUAUGGGAAGUUCCUUGAUAUACUGAAGAAGUUGCACAUAAACAUACCAUUCUUGGAGGCUAUCUCUGAGAUGCCAUCUUAUGCAAAAUUUCUGAAAGACAUGCUCUCAAACAAGCGGAAGAUCGAGAAAAAUGCAACUGUUUCACUUACAGCAGAAUGUAGUGCUAUUUUGCAGAAUAAACUUCCCAAGAAGUUAGGAGAUCCGGGUAGCUACUCUAUUCCUGUGAAGCUAGGAGAUAUCGAAAUAAAAAAGGCACUUUGCGAUCUCGGCGCAAGUGUUAGUCUAAUGCCUUUGUCUAUAUGCAAGAAGCUUCAAAUGGGUGACCAAAACCCACACGUAUUCCCUACAAUUAGCAGAUAG